AUGCCCGCACUUCCUUUUCCUGUGGGAGCCGCCGGGUCGAGAGGAGCGUGGCCCUCUCCUCUCCCCGCCAUGGCGUGUGCUCGUCCCCUGAUAUCAGUGUACUCUGAAAAAGGGGAGUCAUCUGGCAAAAAUGUCACUUUACCCGCUGUGUUCAAGGCUCCUAUUCGACCAGAUAUCGUGAACUUUGUUCAUACCAACUUGCGUAAAAACAACAGGCAGCCCUAUGCUGUCAGUGAAUUAGCAGGUCAUCAGACCAGUGCUGAGUCUUGGGGUACAGGCAGAGCUGUGGCUCGUAUUCCCAGAGUUCGAGGUGGUGGGACUCACCGUUCUGGCCAGGGUGCCUUUGGAAAUAUGUGUCGAGGAGGUCGCAUGUUUGCACCAACCAAAACCUGGCGUCGUUGGCACCGUAGAGUGAACACAACCCAGAAGCGAUAUGCCAUCUGUUCUGCCCUGGCUGCCUCAGCCUUACCAGCAUUGGUCAUGUCUAAAGGUCAUCGAAUUGAGGAAGUUCCUGAACUUCCUUUGGUGGUCGAAGAUAAAGUUCAGGGUUAUAAGAAGACCAAAGAGGCUGUUUUGCUUCUUAAGAAGCUGAAAGCCUGGAAUGACAUUAAAAAGGUCUAUGCCUCUCAGCGAAUGAGAGCUGGCAAGGGCAAAAUGAGAAACCGUCGGCGUAUCCAGCGCAAGGGCCCUUGCAUCAUCUAUAAUGAAGACAAUGGAAUCAUCAAGGCCUUCAGAAACAUCCCUGGAAUUACUUUGCUUAAUGUCAGCAAACUGAACAUUUUAAAACUUGCUCCUGGUGGUCAUGUGGGUCGAUUCUGCAUUUGGACUGAAAGUGCUUUCCGGAAGUUGGAUGAAUUGUAUGGCACUUGGCGUAAAGCUGCCUCCCUCAAGAGUAACUAUAACCUUCCUAUGCACAAGAUGAUGAAUACAGACCUCAGCAGAAUCUUGAAAAGCCCAGAGAUCCAAAGAGCCCUUAGAGCACCACGCAAGAAGAUUCAUCGCAGAGUUCUGAAGAAGAACCCACUGAAAAACCUGAGAAUCAUGUUGAAACUGAACCCAUAUGCAAAGACCAUGCGCCGAAACACCAUCCUUCGUCAGGCAAGAAAUCACAAAAUCCGAGUAAAGAAAGCAGCAGCAUUGGCAGCCAAAUUAGAUGAGAAGGCAGCUGCAGAAAAGAGGGCUGGAGAGAAGAAGCCCGUGGUGAGUAAGAAAGGAAAGAAGGCUGCUGAUGUUAAAAAGCAAAAGCAGCCUCUGGGGAAAAAGGCAGCUGCUACCAAGAAACCAGCUGAAAAGAAACCAACAGCUGAAAAGAAAGCUACCACAGAAGAAAAGAAGCCUGCUGCAUAAACAAUUACAAUCUGUUUAAUUACAUAAAGGUCAUAGUAUGGGACAGCUGAGUUGAAUAAAGACCCGAUCAAAGAUGCAGUGAGAAACAUCA